ACCGUGUGUCCCGUGGUGUCCGUGUGUCGGUUUUCCAUUAAGGAGUGGAUAAAGUCUGAGUGAGUCUGCGACGGAUGUUCAAGUUCAAGUUAUUCAGUGCAGGGUGCCAGGUGAUUUUGGAAUAUGGACACAUUAAACAGAGCGGUGCUAUUCAUUAUGAUUUGCAGUGAGUGUAAUUGAGCGGAAAUAUGGGACUAGUUUCGAGGGUGUGCAAGAAAAUUAAUUAAUGGGAGUUCCUGUUUACAUGGACAAAGCAUGAAAUCACGAGUGUACAUGCCAUAAUCGCUAUAAUACAUUAGCAAGGGCACCAACCUGCGUCGCGCUGAACGAUGUUGCGCGACGUUAUAAAUGCAACAUGUUGCUUGCUACUUGUUGCUUGUUUCUGCGCCACUUCGCAUUCUUCUAGGUCAUAUCGUGCGCCAGGCAAAAAUCACCUUCUCGAUAAGCGUAGCGUGUUCCAGUUCAAACACAAUGCCAGCGAACGUCAGCUGAAGAUGGGCGUGGAAAAACCGUCUGUAAUAAAUGACGAGCGGGAUGCCCCCAGGACCAGACCACAAUUGCGUCCUUCGAAAAAUCACAACGUUGCAUUCGAUCCGGCAAAGUAUAUUUGCAUGGAUCAAAACGUAACUGAGUGCGUCAACAAGACGCGUGUAUUCAAGGCGAGGGUCCUCUCGGAAUUCAGACGGGUCUUGAAGGAAUCAUUCGAGGAAAAUAACUACUAUCAAGUUCGUUACAGUAAGCCGAUUCACAACGGUGAAAGCGAAUUAUGUAGACUGAAACGGGCAAAUGUUAGAACCCUCUCAUGGCGAGAUCCACCCUUCAGUUGGAACGAAGUUGGUAGCUACUUCCCUUUGGAUCCGCUGUUCAAAGAGAAGAAUGCAUCGUGUGCCAUCAUUGCCAGUGCGGGAUCACUGAAGGGUUCGAAAUUGGGUGAUUUCAUCGAUGGUCACGACAUCGUGAUGCGGUUCAACCAUGCCCCGACGACUGGUUUCGAGGAUGAUGUCGGUUCGAAGACAACCGUCCGUGUGGUGAACUCACAGGUAGUCACUAAGCCCGAAUUUAAGCUACUUACUGCCAAGCUAUUCCGCCAUGUUUCUAUCGCUGCCUGGGAUCCUGGGAAGUUCAAUCAGAGUCUAAAUGAGUGGACCAAAACUCCAGAUUUCAACUUAUUUGAAAAUUUCAAAAAGUAUCACGAGAAAUAUCCAGGGUCCAAUUUUCACCUUGUAGAUCCACGGAGCAUCUGGCAAGCAUGGAUGGCUCUACAGGAUAAAACUCAUACUAAAAUCAUGCGAAAUCCUCCGACAUCGGGCUUCAUUGGUCUAGGGCUACUUCUGCCUGCCUGUCGCUACAUCAACAUUAUUGAAUAUAUUCCCAGCAGCCGGAUGAACGGUCUGUGUCAUUACUAUGAUUCAGAGAUCAACUCUGCAUGCACAUUUGGAUCGUGGCACCCGUUGGCAGCGGAAAAGCUCUACGUUUGGCGAAUGAACACUGCCAGUGAAUUUACGACUUUUCAGCGGGGAGUGGUGCACGUUAGUUUGGACGGCGGUGAUUGCUGAGAUGAGCCAUUACACACCGCGUCUGAGCACGUGAAAAGGGCGACUAGCAACUGUCGAGAGUCUGGGGUUGAAGAUGGACGGAUGAUCGAUGUCAUGUAAUUGAUACGAGAGAAUGCCAAGGACAUACGUGAUUUCCCUUUUAAUCCAACUUCCCCUGAAGGGUGCCCACGACGAGUGGAGGGCAAUUAGAGCUUACUAUUAAGUAGUGAUCAAUCUGUAGGUGUUGGUAUAUUGGGCUGA